AUGUCCGAGAACGAGAUGGGCGAAUCCUAUGAUCCAACUUCGGACCCAGAAGAGCAGAAACUCAUCCUCUCAGUCCUCGACUCCUUCCGAUCGUACCGACGCCUCGCCCACCUAAACGGUACGCAUGUCCGAAGACAAGCCUUUUACUCGCUCCCACGCGAACACUGGAUGCUACUCUCGCAACCGCCCUUCUCCCUCCUCUCCACCUUUUCCAAAAUGGACGACCUAAUCGACCUCAAUGCCACCCUGGCGGAAGCCAUCUUCGUUGCAGGCUUUAAAGCCUUCCUAGCCACGACUCUAGACAGCGAAUGGGUCGCGUCCGUCAUCCCCGAAAAGUACGCAAACAACGAAUACGCAAUCUACUCGCUGAUCCUCGACCGACUAGGCGCCUCAACCACGCGAAACGACAUGGACAAAGCACGGUCAUGCAUCAACCAAUUCUACCGAGAGUGGAGUGCCGAAGGCGCCGUUGAACGCUCCGCCUGCUUCACGCCCGUCAUCACCGCCUUGGCUGAGGAAUACCAAGUUCGAUCUCAAUCGUCCAGAAAUCCUGUACAAGACCCUUCGGACCUCCACGUCCUCGUUCCAGGCGUCGGUCUCGGCCGCCUCGUCUUCGAUAUCUGCCAGCAAGGCUACAUGGUUGAAGGAAACGAAAUCUCGUACCACAUGCUCAUGGCGUCUGCGCUCGCGCUCAACGAAACUAAAGCCGCGAACCAGUUCACUAUAGCACCGUGGGCGUUGAAUUGCUCAAACCAUGUGAAUAGGUCCCAUCAGUUGAAGACGGUGCACGUUCCUGAUCUGCAUCCCGCGUCGGAACUAGCGAAAGAGGAUGGGCCGUCGCGGUUGCCGGCGAGUGAGCGCUUGAGUAUGUCGACGGGUGACUUUUGUGUCGUCUAUGGUAGAGAGGAUUAUAGGGCCGUUUUCGAUGCGGUGGCUACAGUUUUCUUUAUUGAUACCGCCCCGAAUUUGAUUAGGUAUGUUGAGGCGGUUAGGAAUUGUCUGAAAGAAGGCGGAAUUUGGAUUAACCUUGGGCCUUUGCUGUGGCAUCCUCCGCCACCAUCGAAAAGGGAACGCAAUGAAGAGGGGGAAGAAGAAAACGCACAGCAGGAGGGCGUGGAAGGCGAUGCGGGAAUAGGUGAUCCGGGAUCCUUUGAGCUUUCGAACGAAGAGGUGAUUGCGUUGGUGGAGCAUUUAGGGUUUACAAUUGAGAAGCAGGAGGUGGGCACGAUCGAGACGGGGUAUAUCUCUAACUCGCAGAGCAUGCUACUGAACACAUAUCGCCCGUCGUUUUGGGUGGCAAGGAAAAAGUGA